AUGGCCCUUCCUUCCACGGGGAUGGCUGACGACGGUGCCAGUGGUGCCGGGAGUUCGACGGCGAGGGAUGGCGCAGAUGGCCCGGAACCCGCCACCAUCGAGAUCAACAUCAAAACCCUGGAGUCGCAAGUGCACAAGCUCCGCGUCGACAAGAAUGAGACUGUUCUGAACCUAAAGGAGAAGAUAGUAGAUGUCGCCGGGAUUCCCGUGGAGCAGCAGCGGCUGAUUUUUAGGGGAAGGGUCUUAAAGGAUGACCACCUCUUGUCAGAAUACCAUUUGGAAGAUGGAUAUACAUUGCAUUUGGUGGCUCGACGCACAGCUGAGGGCCAACAUUCCUCUGAGACUCCUGAAGCAAACCCCAAUGCUAAUGCUAGUGGUGCCGGAAAUGGAGCAAUGCUGGGAGAUUACAUGUCCAGGGAAACUAUAGAUGUUAUGGUUUCCGAGGGGGUGAUAAAUGACAUUCCUGCGACUGUUCGGGAUAUUCUUGGUAACUUCCUUGGGAUGCCUGGUGGUGUGGCAAAUGCUACGUUCUCGGUGCCAUUAAACCACCCCCCACCAGAUGGGGCCAAUAAUGGAAGAACUCAGCCAGGCCAGGCACCACCUGGGUUCUCAAUUCUCAAUCAUCAAAUUCAUGUGUCACAGCUUCCACCUUCCGGCGCUAUUCCUCGCAACAUGGUUGUUCCUGAUUCCAUGACGACCCUGUUGGAGUAUAUCAAUCGCAUGGACCAAGUAUUGCAGAACAAUGGCGUUCCACCAUCCGUGGACUCAAAUGCUCAGGAACCACCAACAUCAGCGACAGAUGAUGCUUACUUGAACCAAAGCUUUCCAAGUCCUGAGGUGCUGGCGUCAGUUGUUGAAAGGGCCCAACAACUUCUUGGCGGCAGUGCUUCUUCUGCGCUUUCUCAUCUUGCACAACAUAUUCAGAGAGAUGCUGCCACUGCUGAUACAUCUGUGCGAAGCCAGAUCCAGAAUGAGUCGGCACAGUUGGGAGUAGCGAUGCAGCAUUUGGGGGCUAUGCUUUUUGAGCUUGGACGGACAAUGAUGACGCUUAGAAUGGGACCAUCUCCUAUUAAUGCUUUUGUAAAUGCCGGGCCUGCUGUUUAUAUAACCCCUACAGGACCAAGUCCAAUCAUGGUUCAGCCGUCUUUCCAGAGCGCCCCUCAUUUUGGAGUUUCUAGCAUACCGCCAGUUUUUGGUGUCUCUGGUCCAUUUGGUAUUGUUGAUCCUUCUCGAGCAAAUGGUGUCAAUAUUCAUGCUGGUGCUUCUGCAACAAGUGGUCCAUCUGGUGGUUCAACCACUGCUUCUGCAACCACUGCCAACGGGGAAAGCCAAAAUGCAGAAAGACCUCAAGGAGGCAACCCGUCGGCUACACGUGGAUUGCCACCACGAACAGUUGUUACAGGACUUGCAGCUAUUCCGGCCUUUCCAGGGAGGUCCUCAGUUGGUGUUAUCCUUCCUGUUCAAAUGAGAAGCCAAGUGGCAGCACCUAACCAGUCAACUGGUCCUCAAGGUUCUCAGACUGCCGGGGGCAACGGAUCUCAACCGAAUUCGGCAUAUGUUGUUCCACAAGCUUCUUCAGGCAGUGCUGUUUCUGCUAUGAUAGCACAGAUAUCUGCACAGGUAGCCAAUGCACUGGCUGCAAACCCGCAGGCAUUGGCUUCACUUACAUCAGCUGUGCUGAACCCAGCAGCCCAGGGGCCUCACCCCCCAACCACAAACAAUGGAGCUGGCACCGUGAGCUCUGUGACAUCAGGAAAUACACAAUCACAAAAUGAGCUGCCGGGUUCUCAUCAUGGGCAAACUUCAGUGAACGUGCAGUCUGAUGCAACUGGUGCAGGCACUGUGCCUUCAAAUACAUCCGGUCCCAGUUUGACACCACAAGACAUCAGUACUGUGAGUGUCUCCGAUGUUGAUAGCAGUCAACAACGCUCUGGGGAAUCGGCAGCAGCCAGCUUAGGAGGACAGAUGACAGGCACACUUACAGGUGAUGUUCCUUUGGGCAUGCCGGCAGAAAAUUCUGAACUGAAGAGCAAGCCGUCAGAUGGAGAAACCGGAGAGUCUACUAAACCUGCUGCUAGUGGUGGGUCUGGGCCACUUGGUCUUGGUGGUGGCCUGCAGCCCAAGAGACGUAGCAGAGCAACAAAGCUAUCUGGGACUAGCAGCGAUUCUGGGGAAGCCGUUAACACCUCUUCUGUCCCUAGAAGCCAGGAAGCUGUUCUGAGGGGACAGCAGGCUCUGCAAGCUCUUGUUUCAAGAGGCGCUAAUGCGAGCAGCGGCAGUGUUACGGCUUCUCAAGCUCCAUCUUCAACUCCUCGGUCUGCUGCUGGAAUGCCUCUGAGAAGACCGGGUGGUGAAGGGCAAGUUGACCUCGGCAGUAUGCUAUCGAGUGUUCUCAACAACCCGAUGUUUGGCAAUCUGAUGUCAAAUGUAGCUGCUCAGACAGGGAUGGAUUCACCAGCUGAUGUGAGGAACAUCAUGGAAGACCUGACACAGAACCGUGCAGUGAUGGACACCUUGAGCAGUAUGGUGCAAAAUGUGGAUGUGCCACAAAGGGGGGGCCAAGGUGGUUUUGACUUGUCCAGUAUGAUGCAGCAGAUGAUGCCUGUUGUGUCGCAAGUUCUUGGUGGAGCUUCACCUCGUCGUGCUGGUACAGAUGUGCAGCCUCGACAGAAUGACAGGGAAGUAAGCGGCGCUGCAGGUGGGAGAAGCUCUCAGAUGGAUCUUCAAGAAGCAUGCCAACGCAUCGAGCAACAUGACGCCCCUGAGGAAAUCUUUGGUGCUGUCCUUGAGACUGCUGCUCAGGCUUAUGGCGACGAUGAGAGCAUCGAGGUCAUGCUUGAAGAGCUUGCCAGUGACCCAGAGCUUGCUGAUGAGUACAUGAAGCUUCUGCUGGAGCAAGUCGGGGAGAGGGUGGAGUCGGAAUCCGAGGCCACGACGCAGUCAUGA